CCGCCCGCACGCUUCAAAGGGUCCUUUUACGUACACUGCCAUAAACAGAUUAGAGAUUACUUUUUGUUUAAGAUUUUGUCUCUUAAAAUAUAGUUACGCGCUCACAAUAAUUAUUUGAUGCAUUUUACAAUUUUUAAUCCCUCUAUCUUGACGUUUUUAUUAACAUGUCGUUGCUUGACUGUGACGGGCGAGGACAGUUGUGGUGCUUUAAAGCAGUGGCUACAAACAACAGCAGUUACACUGGAGGUCAAGAACAAGGGUUUCCAUAGGGAGGUCGAGACUACUGUUGAGCUCCAGCCUGGUGCGUUCAGGGACGUCCGGAUUUUGCUUCUUCACACAUGGCCCAGUGGGGUCUAUGUGGACCCCUACCAGCUCGCUUUCCUCAGCGAUGCAGUUGAUUGGCAGAUAUUAUUGGAUCCCGCCAUCGACCUGGAGGUGCCCGCACACGAGGCUUCCGGGUUCCUCACCUAUGUUUAUCCCGCUUUGGGUGAGCAAACUCCCGGCACGCUAAAAGUUAGCAUCCCCGUCCACGGCCGCUAUCACCGACCUUCCAUUGUCGGGGAAACCUUUCAAUCCGUCGCCAUAGAACCCCCGCGUCUACUCUUGCGUACUGAAAAAUGUUCGCACCUGAAUGAUUUGGAAGCCCACGCGACGUUGGAAGCCCCCUGCACCGCGGACAAUACGAGCACGUGUCUGUGGAUUCAAGUGCAACAAAAGCAGAGGCCCGCCGACAAGACCUUGCGUUUACCGGUGGGCGACGGCUCCCUGGUGACGCCCGUGUGCGGCGUGACGCUGGCGGUCACCACGAUCUGCUGUCUGGUGCUGUCCAAGUAUAUGUGGAAGCAUCGGAUUGUUUGAAACCCCGUGGCGCGCGGGCUCUGUUUCCCAGGCUUCUCUUUUAGGUAUUUGUUUGCUUCUUCUGGGCGGUACAUAUUUAUAAUUUGUUCAAAUUGGAGACGUUUCCAUUUGUCAUCCUCAAAGAGGCCACGCCUCUUAAAGGCACAUGAUACACACAUCCACUACGUACUGCAUUUUUUUGGGUACUGUACAUUUUAAGAUUGCAAUUUUGUGUGUGUAAAAAGUGUGUUUUGAUAAGUUUAAAGAGUUAUAGAACUUAAUUGAUCCCAACUGCAAACUGUUGUUUUUACCUAAAAAGAUUUCUGCUGUUGUGGUUCAGCUACAGCAAAACAGGGCUGGAUGACAAAAUGAAGAAGUUAUUAAUAUCGCACACUGUGCAGUUCAAACUAGGGAUAAAUCUCAUGUGCUUCAGAAAGAUGAAAAUUAUGUCUUUUUUUUUUUUAUUAAAAUUGUAUGUCUCAAGUGUACUAAGCGGUAUUGGUACUCCUCAUUAAGUACACAAGAAGGAAUAUGUAUAGCGGUUUGAAAAAUAAAGUAUGAAACACCCCUACAAAAAACUGCAGGUUGGAUGAGAGUUUACUUUAAAUCAUAAAUAUUACCAAUAUGUUGUAAGAAUAAUAAACUUACAUAAAAAGUAGAAAUAUGAAUAAUCAUACACAACAAAUAUACAAAUUAAACUUAAUUACAAAAAAUAUUAAUACAAAAUAAUACACAUUUAUAGAAUACAACAAUAACAAUAGCAUUUAAUGGAAAAAAAGUGUAGGUAAGUGUGGUAGCUGGAAGGAGCUGGUUCGCAGCAGCGGAAGAUGGCGACUUCCUGAAAAUGGCCGCCUCCUCGACCUCUUCAACGCUGUUGUUUUUCUUCUUGCUGGAAUCUUCUGCCUGCCGCAUUUGUCGAAACGAUUGCAUCUCUCCCUUCUCCCCGUUGCUUUUGUUCGGGAGGAAAUGACCUCUUUUGGCAGAGCUCCGAGCUUCCUCAUUAGUUUUUUUCCCUCUCUCUUUCCUAAAACUUUCCUUCGUGUGGGUCGAACAAUGAAUCAUCUCUCAAACAAGGCAGGAUUUGAAAAUGAUGACGUCUGUGUUUAGCUGUUUUUCUGUCACUACAAUUUUCGCCGUCCCUUGGCCCCUUCUACCGACUAAUGUACCUUCAACCUUUGUGCCUUAUAAACAUCUACCCGCUUUAUUACAUUGUUAGUACUUAAAUUACUCAAAAAGUUACAGAUACUGGAUUGAGUUUUUGGGUGAAAUUUCAGGAUGAACCUAAAAUGCACUUUAACCUUUAGAGAUAAAAUUCAUUUGAGCUUCUCUCUAGUUUAGUUAGUUGAUUGGCUGAUAUGCUUGCCGGUAUAGGUUCAUGGUUGCUAGGUCGGUUCUCGGCUGGUUGGUAGAUUGUUAUGCUGGUAAAAUGGUUAUUAGAUUGGUAGGUUGAUUCUAAUUUGGUUAGUGGGUAGGUAAGAUGAUAGUUCUAGGGUUGUUGGUAAACUGGUAGGAUCUUGGGAAGGUCAGUUGUUCAGUUCUUUGGUUAUUAUGCUAGCAGGAGGGUUGGUUAUUUGGUUCUAGGCCUCUUGGUUAGUUGUUAGACUGGCUGGUGUGCAUGUUGGUAGGCUGGUAUGUUGGUCCGUAUAUAGGGCAGUCAAUCGUUGGUCAGGUAGGUAGGGGGGGUAGACAGGUACGUUGUUAUGCUAGUAGGCUGGUACUUUGGUUGCUUGCUUGCUUGGUAGAUUAGUAGAUUGUAUGCAUGCUGGUUGGUAGAGAGGUUGGUAUUGGUAGUUUUGAUCCACAAAUGGAUCACAUUUGGAGAUGAGACAAAGACAAUACCUAAGAACUGAUCAACAAUCCCUCACAAUUCCAAAAUUAAUUUAGCUUUCUCUCUAGUUUAGUUAGUUCAUUGGCUGAUAUACCUGGCGGUAUAGGUUUGUGGUUGGUAGGUAGGUUCUAGGCUGGUUGGUCUAUUGUUAUGCUGGUAAAAUGGUUAUUAGAUUGGUAGGUUGAUUCUAAUUUGGUUAGUGGGUAGGUAAGAUGAUAGUUGUUGGUAAAUUAGUAGGAUCUUGGGUAGGUUGCAUGUACUGUAUAUUUUGGUAGGUCAAUUCUUUGCUUGGUUUUCUAGUCGGGUGGUUGGUUAGUUGGUUCUAGGCCCGUUGGUUAGUUGUUAGACUGGCUGGUGUGCAUGUUGUUAGGCUUGUAUGUUGGUCCGUAUAUAGGUCAGUCAGUCGUUGGUCAGGUAGGUAGGGGGGUAGACAGGUACGUUGUUAUGCUAGUGGGCUGGUUGUUUGGUGGACGAGCAGAUUGUAUGCAUGCUGGUUGGUAGAGAGGUUGGUAUUGGUAGUUUUGAUCCACAAAUGGAUCACAUUUGGAGAUGAGACAAAGACAAUACCGAAGAACUGAUUAACAAAACGUUGCAAUUCCAAGGCUCGAUACAGGAAGUUGUCAGCGAGUUGUGCGCACUGAGUUUAGGUCCCAUGGAACUAUUCUGUUGUGAAUUUUGUCUUUCAGCUCCUUGUUGGAGAACAGCAGGUUGUAAAGAACGUCUGAAACUGUGUAACAGCCAGAGAGGUGCAUUCAAAAA